AUGGUCGCCGGAUUCCGCCGCACGCUCUCGCUGCCGCUGGCCAAACCCACCGCCGCCCCCGCCCUCCGCCGAGGCGCCGGGGACAAUCGCCAAAGCCUACGAUCCACCAGCCUGCCAGGCCGCUCCCACCCGGUCGUCUCCCACCUCCUCGACCAGAUCAGAUCCGCCCCCGUCGACCGCGGCGCCUCCCCUUCCGGGAUCGACGCGAUCGACCGCCUCCUCGCCGCGGUCAACGACCUCCUCCGCCUCCCCCAGACCGGCGAGGCGCUCCGACGCCGGCCGGCCUGGGCGGACCGCCUCCUCGACGCCUUCCUCCGCUUAGCCGACGCACACGGAUCCUUCCGAUCCGCCGUCCUCACGCUCUCCGAUCUCCGCGCAGAGGCUCAAGCAGCGAUACGGCGAGCUGAUCCCGCGCGGCUGGCGUCCGCCGCCCGCUCGUUCCGCCGGACCGAGAAGGAGGUGACUCGGCUGGCUGCGGACAUCAAGGAUCUGGCGAGAUCCUCACCGCUCGCACCGGGGAAGUGGGCGGACGCGGCGGAGGCCGAGAUCACAGGGAUCCUGACCGAUGCGGCGGCGGUGACGGCGGCCAAAUCGGUGACGGUGUUUUUGGGGAUCGCCUCGGCUGCCGCGGCGGAGGCCGCCUCGAUGUCGAAGGAUUCCUGGAAGAUCUGGCCGACGAGGAAGGCGUCGAAGGCGGAGGAGACGGUGGCGUUGGCGGCGGCCGCGGAGGGAUUGGAAGAGGGAAUCGGGAGGGUGUUCAGGAGUUCGGUUAACAUCAGAGUCUCUCUCCUAAACGCAAUCACUCCCGCUUUGUAG